CUGCCUCUUUUCCUCUAUCUUGCUUUUUGCCUCAUUCUACAUUCCCCAUCCAGAUGGGAUGACCUAAUUGUAGGCGCUCCAUUUCAGCUUAUCGAAAAGUACGAUCGCGAUUCAUCAACUCUCAAAGAUACUGUAUUAAAUAAUUCCUCAGACGUAGGUGACCCCGAUUCAGCCUUUCCUGAAGGGACUAGCAAGGAGUCCUCUUUGCAUAGUUUUACUGAGAGUCUUUCGGGUGCAGUUUACGUCUUCUUCAAUCAACGACCUUGGACAAAAUCAGAAGAUUCUAGUCAGAUAUUUACAUUCGAAAGGCCCGGUUCCUUCAUUCGCCUCAUACCACCGCUGAAGGAUUCCGAUAAAAAUGGCCCAUCACCAGGUAGCGGCUUCGGUUCCAGUGUUGCCGGGAUAGGUGACCUUAACCACGAUGGAAUUCAAGGACCUUGA